CUGGUAAUAAACUUCAAUAUUUUCUAUGAAAAUGGCUCAUCAACCAAGCAGUUCAUGCUGGGAAAGUACAAAUAAAUGCAACGCUGGGUCCAGAAAGCCUGCCGAUUUUCCACCACAUAGGAUCAACAUAAUACACCAGCAUUUAUGGCCGUCAGGUCCAGGUGAAAAAUCCCGUCACCCCGAUUCUGUCUCCCGGCCUUGCUCUUAAACAUGGGAGUAACAUCUCUCUGUGGGCUAAAAGUAUAUCAAAGUCGCAAAGGGAGGUUCGACAUUGUGUAAAUGAGCUAGGUAGCUAGCUAGCUAGGUGGUAAGGAUGGGAAGGGCACCGUGUUGUGACAAGGAGGGAGUAAAGAAAGGGGCCUGGACUCCUGAAGAGGACCAAAUCUUGGUGCAGUACAUCAACAACCACGGCCAUGGUAGCUGGCGUUCCCUCCCCAAGCAUGCUGGUCUCCUUCGAUGUGGAAAGAGUUGUCGGCUUAGGUGGAUAAACUAUCUUCGUCCUGACAUAAAACGUGGUCCCUUUUCUCCAGAGGAAGAGGAUGCUGUCAUUCAGCUCCAUGGAAUGCUCGGUAACAGGUGGGCUGCCAUAGCAUCACAAAUGCCCGGAAGAACAGACAAUGAGAUUAAGAACUUUUGGAACACUCAUUUGAAGAAGCGUCAGCUUUGCACCGUCCAGAGACCAUGGAUGCACAAGCCCUCAUCCAAACUGGAGCUAAGCAACGUCGAAUCUGAAUCUCCUUCCACCCGCCACAUAGUACAAUGGGAGAGUGCCAGAGUCGAGGCAGAGGCUCGCUUGUCAAUGGAAACGUUACUGCACAAGCCAUCAUCGAUGGGCAGGACAGAUUCUGAUUACUUCCUCCGUCUAUGGAAUACUGAAGUUGGAGAAUCAUUUCGGAAGAUGAAUGGGAAAGAUGGGGAAGCUUGCCAAAGCCCCGUCUCUCAAGCAUCUUCACCUGUAAAAUGUGGUUCAGGUUCUCAAGCAAAAAACACCAGGACCUGGGGCGCCACGAACAUGACUCCAGAACAAGAAGACAGCUAUAGACCAAUGAUAGAAGACGCAAUGGCCAGCCCGAAUUCUCUCAGCUCUAACAAUCACAUCGAUUCUUCCAAUACUGCAGCAUUCAACUUACUGCUAGAUUUCCCAGAUGGUGAUGAUGUCUUCCAAGUAUAGACAAUUUGGCUCGACACUAAAAUGUGAACACAAGAUGCCUCUUUCCGGUCUUGCAUUGCGCGAGUUUUUAGCUAGGCAGAUGGUCUGGCACCUUCUGUUUUGCCAUAUGUGUAUCUUCUUUUGAGUCCAAUUGGUUUCCUAAAUUUUCUCGCCAAAUGUUCCUCUUGAUUACAGCUUCAUUGUAAUCAAUCAUAUGGGCCUAGAAGUACAGUAGAAGUUUUUGGUAUAUUCACUUUCAGGUUCCACCACAGGAAGUGUGUGAAUUUGUGGGGAAAGGUGUAUUUUGACGCCGGCAACAUUUUAGAGUGAAUGUCUCUUUAUUUCUAUUA